AUGUAUCAAUUCAUAUCUAAAUACCUUGACUCUAUAUCGUUUCAGGAUCGUGUUACUUUGGAUGGAGCAAAUGAUGCUUUUAAUAAUUUUGCAGAAAAAUCUAAUAAUUGUAUUUGGAGAAAUUUUUUGGACAAAUCUAUUUGUCCUGAUUUUUGGGAUACUUUGGUUCGAUUCCUCACAAAAAUUGCCCAUCAAGUAUAUCCAUUUACCACAAAAGAAAUUAUAGAAUUUUCAUCAAACAUUGAAGAUUCAAAUUCUAUAGAUCGUCUUCGUCCUCCUUCAUUAACUGAAGAUUGGGAAUUACGUGGUAUUUCUUGGCUUCAGUCACUUUAUGAACCUUAUAUGUUUGAACAU